AUGGCCGAUGCCGAUAAUCGGGUUAUUCUAAAUGUUGGCGGUAUUCGUCAUGAAACCUAUAAAGCAACAUUAAAAAAAAUUCCAGCAACAAGACUAUCCCGUCUUACUGAAGCUCUAUCAAAUUAUGAUGCUGUCCUUAAUGAAUUUUAUUUCGAUCGUCAUCCAGGUGUAUUUGCACAAAUACUUAAUUAUUAUCGUACUGGUAAAUUACAUUAUCCAACAGAUGUAUGUGGUCCUUUAUUUGAAACUGAACUUGAAUAUUGGGGACUUGAUGCUAAUCAAGUUGAACCUUGUUGUUGGAUGACAUAUACAACACAUCGAGAUACACAAGAUGUACUUGUUGGUCUUGAUCGUUUAGAUCUUGAUGCUGAACCAAUAACAGAAGAAGAAAUUCCACGUAAAUUUGGUUGGGAUUAUGAUCCAACAAUUCGUCAUAAAAAUAUGACUAUACAAGAAUAUAUGGCUUCAUUAUCAUGGUAUACACGUUUACAACCACGUAUAUGGCAAUUAUUUGAAGAACCUUACUCAAGUAGCGCAGCUAAAGCUAUACAAGUUGUUUCAAUUUUUUUUAUACUCGUUUCAAUUGUAUCAUUUUGUUUAAAAACUCAUCCAACAAUGCGUGUACCAACAAUAACAUUAGUUGAAAAUAAUUAUACAAAUAUAACACCAACCUAUACAUUAUAUAAAGAAAGAACUGAAGCACAUGAAGCAUUUCAGUACAUCGAAAUAGUAUGCAAUGUUUGGUUUACAUUUGAAAUUAUAACACGUUUUAUAGUUUCACCAAAAAAAUUUGGUUUUGUUAGAUCACCUGUAAAUAUAAUUGACUUUCUCGCAACAUUAUCAUUUUAUUUGGAUAUAUUAUUUAAUAAAUUUCUCCCACCAUCAUUUACAAAUACAGAUUUAUUUGAAUUUUUUUCUAUAACACGUAUAUUUCGUUUAUUUAAAUUAACACGUCAUUAUGGUGGAUUAAAAAUUCUUAUACAUACAUUUACAGCAUCGAUGCGUGAAUUAAUGUUACUUAUAUUUUUUCUUGUUCUAUUUAUUGUCAUAUUUGCUUCGUUAAUUUAUUAUGCUGAACGUUUACAAAAAAAUCCCGAAAAUGAUUUUACAUCAAUACCAAUUGGUCUUUGGUGGUCAAUUGUAACAAUGACUACUGUUGGUUAUGGUGAUAUGGUACCAAAAACAUAUGCUGGAAUGAUGGUUGGUGGUUUAUGUGCAUUAACAGGUGUAUUAACUAUUGCAUUACCCGUACCUGUUAUUGUUGCUAAUUUUGCGAUGUAUUAUUCGCAUACACAAGCACGAUCGAAAUUACCGAAAAAACGCCGAAGAGUAAUGGCUGUUGAACCAGUUAGACCAGCAAGAGGUCCAGGAGGAGGCGGUGGAGGUCCUGGUGGUGGCGGUGGUGGUGGUGGUCCUGGUGCAGGUCCAGGCGGUGGUCCUCCAGGUGGUGGAGGUGGAGGAAAAGGAUUAAGUAAAUUUGGUAUAGAACCGGGAAUGGGUGGUGGACCUGGUGAACCACCUGGUGGCGGCCCAAAAAAGAAUGUUAUUAAACAAGGUGGUGGCGGUGGUAUGGCUGCUAAACUUGGUAUGACUGAGAAUAAUAUUGUACACAAUCGUAUUGGACAUGGUGAUGAAGAACGUAUACCAAUGAUUCAACCGAAAGAAAUGGAAAUGAAAAUCGGAAGUGACAAUACGUCGCCAAUAAAUAAUAGCACAAGUACAAUUGAUAAUCAAAAUGAUGGUCAACGAUAUGGACAACAUUCUUCUCCUCGUACACAAUCAUCACGAACAGUUCUUACUGACGUUAUUUCAUGA